AUGGCUGGGGCUUUGGUUCAGUCAGCUAUUCUUCCAGGAGAAGUUUCAAAUGGAAGGCGCAGCCAGAUUCGAGGCUCUAGUAAAUCUAGAAGGUCUACAGCAAAGUUGCGUGCCACAGGAGCGCACCCUCUCAGAAUGCAAGGUUUCUCAGGGUUACGGAGUUCGAAUGCUCUGGACUUUGUGUCACGAUCAGAUCGUAGUUUUCAUUCUGUUGUAGAGACUGCCAUCUCUACAUCACGUGGAAAGGCUUGCCGUGGAGUUGCUGUAGCUAUGUUUGAACGCUUCACUGAAAAGGCCAUUAAAGUUAUUAUGCUUGCUCAAGAAGAGGCGAGAAGACUGGGGCAUAACUUUGUUGGCACUGAACAAAUACUGCUGGGCCUUAUCGGUGAAGGAACUGGAAUAGCUGCUAAAGUUUUGAAAUCUAUGGGAAUCAAUCUGAAGGAUGCCCGUGUGGAGGUGGAAAAAAUUAUUGGAAGGGGCAGUGGAUUUGUUGCUGUUGAGAUACCGUUUACACCUCGUGCAAAGCGCGUAUUAGAACUAUCGCUAGAAGAAGCUCGCCAACUCGGUAUUCUCUUCAAUCCCUCGUGUUACAUAUGACUGCCUAUUGGAACCUAAGGUUCUUUGUAGUCAUUUUUAUUUACGAGUACUCAGUUAUAUUGAUAUGUUUAGUAGGAAUGUGGAUUUGUUGAAUCCUUAUCUUCCUUUUAGUUCAUCUUCGUCCGCAUAGUGAAUGAGGUAGAAGGACAGGAUUGACUAUACUCGUGUUAAGAUGCUUUCAAUGAGUAUUUUGCGACUUAUGAGGAUAUUGAACCAUUACUUAAAGAAGAGAACUUCCUGUUGAAAUGAUUCAGGAAAUGAACAUUGUGCCCUCGUGAAACCCCAUUGGCUCUGUGGAUUUAUAAAAAAAUAAUAGCAUUUUUUUUCACUAUCUUAUACGAUUGAUAUGGGAAGCCAUCCGUGGUUAGGAUCUUUGUUUUGGUUCCUGAGCGACAGAAAUAUUUUCUUGAGCUUAAUGCUUUUAUUUUCGGGGAAGUUAAUUAGGGAAAUAGCCUGCGUUAGAAGGAUUCUUUUGGUUUCCAUGUCGAGUAUUCCGUUUAUAGUUUAUACUUGAUGGAUGCUUAUUUGGUUCAACUUUCAGCUGGCAAAUGCUGGUGAUUGUGUACUUUGUGUCAUAACAAUACUAGGUUGUUUCAUUAAUUUGUUUUUUGAGUUUUAGGUACUUCUGCUCAGGGUUUGGUGUUCUGCAGUGACACGUGUUGUAAACAUAUUCUGGAUAUAUCUUCACCAAAAUGUUGGAUCUAUCAGUGAACAAUAAUUUACUUUAGUUUAACAAGAUAAGCUAAUGACAGUGAAUGAACUUUCAAGCUUAUGACAGUGAAUGGAGAUGGAUUAUUCUCGUCGAGGAGAAUCAUGAUUAUUUCCGCUUGAUGAUUGUUGGGAAGCCAACAUUGCGUAUGUUGAUUUUCAGGCCAUAAUUACAUUGGAUCUGAGCACUUGCUUCUUGGACUGUUGCGUGAGGGUGAAGGUGUUGCUGCUCGUGUGCUUGAGAACCUUGGUGCUGAUCCAGGCAACAUCCGUACGCAGGCAGGUCCUUUUUCUUUAACGAGUUUUUGUCACGUAUCCGUCUUAUAAUAUCUGUUUUAUGAAAAUAAAUGACGUUAUAUGUGCGAGCAGGUUAUUCGAAUGGUUGGAGAAAGUGCUGAAGCUGUUGGUGCUGGGGUAGGAGGAGGAAGCAGUGGAAGUAACAAGAUGCCUACCCUGGAAGAGUAUGGAACCAAUUUGACAAAGUUAGCUGAAGAGGUCUGAUACUUCUUUCCUCUGUGUCACUUUUGGUGAGCCAUAUAUGCUUACUUGGUAAAGGAAUGACCGUGCCUUUUGUUUUCCAGGGUAAACUGGAUCCUGUUGUUGGCAGGCAGCCACAAAUAGAACGUGUAACUCAAAUCUUAGGCAGGCGAACAAAGAAUAAUCCUUGCCUGAUCGGUGAGCCUGGUGUUGGUAAGACAGCUAUAGCUGAAGGACUCGCUCAACGUAUUGCCAAUGGUGAUGUUCCAGAGACAAUUGAGGGAAAGAAGGUCGAGUGUCACAAAGCUCCUCUCUCUCUCUCUCUCCCCAUCUUACUUACAUGUGUGCCCUUUUAGUCCUUAUCUGAAGAUGUAUAUUCGGUAUCAUGUCCUUUUGAUGUAGGUGAUAACCCUCGAUAUGGGACUUCUGGUUGCUGGCACAAAAUACCGUGGAGAGUUCGAGGAAAGGUUAAAGAAGCUGAUGGAAGAGAUCAAGCAAAGUGAUGAGAUCAUUCUAUUUAUUGAUGAAGUGCAUACAUUAAUUGGAGCCGGAGCAGCUGAGGGUGCGAUUGAUGCAGCAAACAUUUUAAAACCAGCUCUUGCUAGGGGUGAACUGCAGGUAAUAAUAAUAGCUUGCACUUGCAUGUGUUUUCUAUAAUUUUCGUUCCAACUGGGCUCGCAAGCUGAACCAAUUGUUAGGAUGAAAUGCGCAUUAAGUCUCUGAUUUCUUUAUCUUCUGGCCUCUUUCUGGAGAGAUUUUUUCCACCAUUUUUUAUUUUCCUCGGAGAUAUUCAUGUGACUGGCAUCUCAUUGGGGAGGACUAAUUUCUUGUUCUGAACGUGCGAUUCCUCAUAACAUGAUUUUGAUUGAACAUUCUGCCAUUAUCAAUGCGUGUGUUCAGAGCCACUGUACUAUUGAUCCAUUCUUGUGUUGACCCCUUCUCGUGCCUGAAGAUCUGCCCGCCCAACUCGGCUUGGAAAUUUCUUGUUUCUGGUAGCUCGAGGAGUCCCCUGGUUUUCGUUCUUAUUGUUUAUUCUAAUUCUCACCUCACUUACAGUGCAUUGGGGCAACAACCCUCGACGAGUAUCGGAAACACAUAGAGAAGGAUCCAGCCUUGGAAAGAAGAUUUCAGCCCGUGAAAGUUCCUGAACCAACAGUUGAUGAGACGAUACUCAUUCUGAAAGGAUUGCGCGAACGAUAUGAGAUCCACCACAAGCUUCGCUACACGGACGAAGCUUUAGUUGCUGCUGCACAGCUCUCCUACCAAUAUAUCAGGUUUGUGAUGACUUGGAUUGGAAAAACGUACCAUCUAGCAAUACUUGACUUAUUUCCCAUUCUAUUUUACCCAGCUGAUUGAAUAUAUAAAAAAAAUUGAAAAGUCGGAUCCUGCAAGGUAGAAUUUUCAAACUAGUCCACGAAUAGCAUCCAAAUUUAUAGGAAAAUCCACAGCGAGAAAAAGUAAUUUCAGGUUAUUAAGUUUAUACAAUCACUGUCCAUUCCACUUUUUAUCUUUUAUUUCUUUGUCGGAAAAAAAAAAACAGCACUUUCUUAGAACGUCUUACCUCUGCCUCUUUGAUGGUUCUUUCUUGCGUCCUGAAAUUUACACACGUGGCCUCAGUGAUCGGUUCCUCCCCGACAAAGCUAUCGACUUGAUUGACGAAGCUGGUUCUCGUGUUAGGCUUCGCCAUGCCCAGGUCUGCUUUCUUCUUCCGGAGGUUUUCCCUUUCACUGGUGCCGCGGCUCGAGCUCACAUAGAUAUGUAUGCCCAUUGUAGCUCCCCGAGGAAGCCAGGGAGCUUGAUAAGGAGCUCCGGCAGAUCACCAAGGAGAAAAACGAGGCUGUUCGAGGCCAGGACUUUGAAAAGGUACCUACCGCGCUGUCCCGAUUUGUCGACUAACAUUCUCUUAUGCUCAAAAUCUGAUCGCCCCAUCUUCAAGAACACAACUAGAUCAUUUUUCUGUGUAAAUUGGUAGAAGAUUGCAACCGCCUUGAAUCCCGCUGCUGUGAUCAACGUGUGCAGGCGGGGGAGCUACGCGACCGAGAGAUGGAGCUGAAGGCUCAGAUCUCUGCGCUGAUCGACAAAGGCAAGGAAAGAACCAAGGCGGAAAGUGAGGCGGGAGAAGCCAGCCCCAUCGUCACCGAGGCCGACAUUCAACACAUCGUCUCGUCCUGGACGGGAAUCCCCGUGGAGAAGGUCUCCAGCGACGAAUCCGACCGGCUCCUUAAGAUGGAGGAGACUCUGCACACCCGCAUCAUCGGCCAGGACGAGGCCGUCAAGGCCAUCAGCCGUGCCAUCCGGCGGGCCCGCGUCGGCCUCAAGAACCCUAACCGCCCGAUCGCCAGCUUCAUCUUCUCCGGCCCGACGGGCGUGGGGAAGUCUGAAUUGGCCAAGGCUCUGGCCGCCUACUACUUCGGCUCGGAGGAGGCGAUGAUCAGGCUCGACAUGAGUGAGUUCAUGGAGAGGCACACCGUCUCCAAGCUCAUCGGGUCGCCGCCGGGAUACGUCGGCUACACCGAGGGCGGCCAGUUGACCGAAGCCGUCCGCCGCCGGCCCUACACCGUCGUCCUCUUCGACGAGAUCGAGAAGGCCCACCCGGAUGUCUUCAACAUGAUGCUGCAGAUCCUGGAAGACGGGAGGUUGACGGACAGCAAGGGCCGGACCGUUGACUUCAAGAACACCCUCCUGAUCAUGACCUCCAACGUGGGAAGCAGCGUGAUCGAGAAGGGCGGCCGCAGGAUCGGGUUUGACCUCGACUACGACGAGAAGGACAGCAGCUACAACCGCAUCAAGAGCCUGGUCACCGAGGAGCUGAAGCAAUACUUCCGCCCCGAGUUCCUGAACAGGCUCGACGAGAUGAUCGUCUUCCGGCAGCUGACCAAGCUGGAGGUGAAGCAGAUCGCCGACAUCAUGCUGAAGGAGGUCUUUAACCGGCUGAAAACCAAGGAAAUCGAGCUCCAGGUGACGGAGAGGUUCAAGGACCGCGUGGUGGAUGAAGGCUACAACCCGAGCUACGGCGCGCGGCCGCUCCGGCGGGCCAUCAUGCGGCUUCUGGAGGACAGCAUGGCGGAGAAGAUGCUCGCCGGGGAGAUUAAGGAGGGAGAUUCCGUCAUUGUAGAUGUCGACGCCGACGGCAACGUCUCAGUCCUCAACGGCAGCAGCGGCGGCGGCGUACUUGAGGCGGCCGAACCAGUGAUCCCCAUCUGA